UGGAUUAUUUGCAAUUGGUACUCUUUGCAAUCUACCUUUAACAUCAAGCAGUCGACAUUGUGUGCAGUGCAUGGUUUCAGGGACAUUUUUUCUUUCUUUUUUUAUUUUUAUAAAAAGAGAAAAAGACCCAUAAGUUGGGCAGAAAAUUUGCAACUGUCAUUGUAAUUAUAUAACGCUUAACUGUAUACCAUUCCUGACGACGAGGCUCAUGGUUUGAGUGAGAAAGGUUUUGUUAGGAAAAGCUUAGGAAAAUACUGUCGUAGUUCUUUUUAUUAUCAGCAAGUGAAAAAGUACUGCAAUAGUUUGGAAAAGAAAAGCUUUCAAAGAAUGGGAACGUAAGCUGAUAUGGUGUUUGUCAAAAUGACUGAAAUAGGUUUGUUUGUUACCUAUUUAAAUGGGUAACUAAAGGUUAAGUAGGAGAAAUACAUAUCAAAAUUUAUAUAAUUGAAAGAUAUCACUUUUAGUCAAGGAAAUAUUAAAUAUGUUAUUUAAGGUAUAUUUUGAUAAUUUUACAUGAAAUCAGAGGGGUUUUUUUUUUCUUUUUAAAUAUGGGCUAAUUUGGGUUUUUACAAUAACCUUCUAAUUGUCUCGAAUCAGUUUCCUUUUUGGUCUUUUACUUGAAGUGUGCGCUGUACAAACUGUAAACUCUUCGGUCUGAAAGUUAAAAGGCAACGGAUCUUUGACAGCUCUUCCACUCUUUUGAAUCUGAAUGUUGAAGGAGAAUUCUAGAGUACAGCUAAUACAUUAUAUGAAUUUUUAACUUUUUGUCUUCCAAAUUGAGGUAAUUGACUGCUUUCCAUUCUUGCUUUUAACUCGUUCAUCUUGCCUGGUAGUCAGAAUUUCCUUCUUUCUAGGUUUUAAGCAGUUUUAGCGUGUAUAGCAAUUACUUGCUGGAAUAGCUGCUCUUUACUGAAUAUGCUUGGAGAAACUGCUGGGUUUAAAGUGAUUAUCUUAUGAGAUCUCUUGACAGACUUUGACUGAUUUCAUCUUUGCAACUGGAAUUGUUAUCUUUUAUCUCGUUUUCUAAGAGACAUCCAGGAUUUUGCUAGAUUUCAUACUAGGGUCGGAAUGGAUUUACAUUUGAAGAAUCUGUUUGAUAGAUUCCAGGAGCAAUUUGGUUCUGGUCCUGGUCUCGGUCCUGGAUCCGGGACGUGCCUUAUGAAGGUAGAAGGCAUUUCUUCUAACUUUAUAAAGCCCUUAUUUAAAGCCUCUGCUGCCUUAUAUAGAACUGAACCUUGGAGAAGAUUGCGCCCAGGGCAUUUGUUUGGUGUCCGAGUCGGGAAAGAUUCGGAUUGGUCAGGCAAAAAACAGCCUUUUCCGUGUUCCCAGUUCAUUGGAGGAGAUGGUGGGGAUAUUGGGUUUUAUAUGUUUAGAUCUGAAAAUGAUGCUAAGAAGAUGACAGGCUUAAGGGAGACUAUUCGAGUUCCAAAUGUUGAGCUUUUGAGGGUCACGUACGAGCUUGAGACAUUAAUGUUUCCUUCCAACCGCAAAAUGAUCAAGUCAUUGUCAUUGGAAGCAUCUGGGAACGAUCGGUUUCCUGUUAUUGAUGUCGCACGCUGCACAUCUUCUGGUGAGCUUCAAUUUAGGAAUCCUACCCUAGAAGAACUGAAGUUUGUCUAUGCUUUCAUGAGAGCCAUUUCCUUGGUGCACCCAUUGCUUCAGGCGGAUAAAGAAAGCGGUCCAAACUGGACAAGGUUGAUAAGUUUUGACCCCUUUAUCGAGACGGUUGACAUUCAGUGGCCUUCAGAAAUGGCUAGAGGUCAUGAGCUUGUUGCUGUUACAAUCUCACAUCCACCUGGUCAGGCAUAUGAAGAAAAGAUAAGUUCAACCACCAGCUCAACACCAACCAAGUAUGCAGAGCCUCCAGAUGAGGUCACCUUCAUGGAUAUUAGAGUAAACUCAAAUUCAAGCUCAAUCCAUUGUGCAAUGUGUGAGAAAGAAGUUCAUGGAGAUCAAUCUCUCUGCUGUGGGCGAUGUCGAGCAGUGGUCUACUGCACUUCUCUCUGCCAAAAGCAGCACUGGAAGGAGUCACAUAAAAGCAUGUGCGGUCUGUACAAAGCUAUGAUGGAAAGGGAAGAAGAGCUUGUAAUGAAAAUCUUCAUGUUCCCUUGCUCUGCUGCCCAACCUUGUAAAUGGCUUGAAUCAUUGGGAAUCCAUCAGAAAGGGAUGUGGAGAAGGAAGUGCAGUUGCUACUCUCACUGCCCUUUUGGUCUCCUUCCAGUUAAAGGUGGGUUAUGGGAUUCUUGGGGUGGGCUAGAUGAUGAAGAAUACCCUGGUGAUUUGCCCUUCCACAAUCAACUUCGAGAUGGGAUCUCUAGCCCUAUCCUUCUUUCUGGUUGGUCCGAGUACUAUAACCUUCGGUCCCUGUCAUUGUCGAGCCCUGUUGCUGAUAUUCUUUCCCACCCUUUGACCGUUUAUCAUAUAUUGACGGCUCUCAGUAUCAAUACAAAGAAUCUUUUACUAAAGGGAAAGGAGGUGAUUCUUCACUACCUGGGGCCUGAAGGGGAGAUGGAUUGGAUGCCUGCAUUUUCUGAAAUCAGUCACUUGUUAAACGGGUUGGGUAAUAUACAAAUCAUUAUGGUAGGACCUGAAGUUCCGACAAACUUGUCAGGUACCACGUCAGGAAUUAGUAGCAGAGUUAGGGUGAAUCUAGUAAGGGGUGUUUAUCAGGAAGAAGCCACCUACUUGCCUUCCCCCCAUGUUAUAGUUGCUCUGAACUGUGCAUUGGAUAGGUAUUCCAGCUGGGGUGGUGCUCUUGAUCUGAUUAAAGCCAUCGGCGUCCCUGCUUUCUUCACUGAGCAAUCUGAAAUUUUGUGUGCAAAUGCUAAACAGGUUCUACGUGGUGCUGGACUACAUAUCACCCACCCAGUGACACCUAAUCCCUUCCGUUCCCCGGUGAAGAAUCACGAUUCUUCCACCAAUCUUCCUUCGUACAGCAAUGGAUUUGUGUUGGGGGUAAAUGCAUGACUCAAAUUUCAGGCACUGGACACCGGAACCUAAGUUUUUUCAUGAUUUUAUUUUAGAAGUAGAUAUUGAAUGUUGUUAGCUGCUUUACCUACUGAUAAGAUAUUGGCUGAGAGACAAUCUGGGAAUGAAAUUCUUAUUGCAAGAUAGGCUGUUUCCCUUAUUGAGUUGAAUACAAUGAUGUAAACUUUAUGAUUUUUCCAUCACUUCUGAUUAAUAAAAACUAUGGCUGUGAACGAA